AUGGACGCCAUAGUUGCUCAGUACUCGCGGUCGCACUGCCAGGAGCAGGCCUUCAACCAGCAAGAUGACCAGGAAAUCGUGACACUGCUUCCUCCCCUCUCACUGAGAUUCGAUUUACCUCCCAUUUCUCAGCCCGCUUCAUUCCUCCGAGCGAUGACAGACGACCACGCCAAUCCCAACUGCCCAAUCAAGCUUGCCCACGGAACCACGACCCUUGCUUUUCGAUUCAAGGGCGGAAUCAUCGUCGCUACGGAUUCCAGAGCCACUGCAGGGAACUGGAUUGCGAGUCAAACGGUGAAGAAGGUCAUCGAAAUCAAUAGCUGCUUGCUAGGGACUAUGGCUGGUGGUGCUGCUGAUUGUCAAUACUGGCUCGCAUAUCUCGGCAUGCUCUGCCGACUUCACGAACUCCGCCAUAAGCGCCGAAUCUCUGUUGCCGCAGCAUCCAAGCUUCUUGCGAACCUCGUCUACAAUUACAAGGGGAUGGGCUUGAGUAUGGGUACGAUGUGCGCCGGUGUAACUCCGCAAGAAGGCCCGGCUUUGUAUUACAUUGACUCGGAUGGAACGCGAUUGGCAGGCAAUCUCUUCUGUGUUGGAUCCGGCCAGACAUUCGCCUACGGUGUGCUGGAUGCGGAAUACAGAUACGACUUGACUGAGGAGGAGGCGUUGAGUCUGGGACGCAGGAGCAUCCUGGCCGCCAUGCAUCGUGAUGCUUAUUCCGGAGGCUCUGUCAAUCUGUACCACGUGAAGGAGGAAGGAUGGGUGAAGCAUGGUUUCAGCGAUAUGAACCCCAUAUUCUGGAAGGAGAAAUUAGAGACUGGCGAGUUCUCCAAUGUUCCCAUGAAAUUAGAAUGA